GAUGAGAGAGUGUGCAACAGCGUGCUGGGCUAGAGAUGAGCCAAGCUCACACAUCCACUGACACACGCCACAGAGUGAAGAAGCAGAGAGAGGGAGUGUGCGUGUGUGUGUGAGUGUGAGAGAGAGAGAGAGAGAGAGAGAGACCCACACACAUACACAGAGGAGACCAGGAGAGGAGGGGAGUGUGUGAGUGUGUGUAUGUUUGAUUAUGUGUGUGUAUACGCCUGUGUGAGCGAGAGGGAGAUAGAGAUAGAAAGCAGAAUAAGAAGGACAGUGAAUGAAAGUGGAAGGACUGCCUGAAUUUGCCUGCAUAUUCUCAUUUUUUCCAGCUGCUCUUCUUGACACUCUCUUCACGGGGAUGAGGAAAAGACUCUGACUGUUUACACCUCCUCUCUUCAAUGCUCCCCUCCAAGGGGCAACUCUUGGAACCUCAGGGAAUUCUGGGAAUUACCUUGCCGGACCCUCAAGCAGUAUAUCAGCAUGUAGUCUCGGGCACAAUUACCCCUAGAUAGGAUCAGCGGUUGGAAAAUUGUGGAAACAGCUUUGAAGUAAUUUGGGGGUACCUGCUGCUGGAACUACUGGAGGUCUCCAUUUAUACAGAGGGUGCUGGAGGAAUGGAUCUGAAGGAGACUGGGCUUUUGAGGCACGGUACUGUUCAUGCAAGCUCUGGUCCAAUCCCUCAUUGGACACUUGCCAAACCAGGACCAGCAACUAAAGAACUUCUCGAUUACCUUUUACCUGAAUAGGUCAAGUACCUAAAGCUACAGAAUCAACAACCCGUUACACUGGAACAUGUGAACUGUUUUCACGCACAAGAAGAAUGGAUUCACAAAUGACUACAACAACCUCAUUUUUAAUCCAGUAGAGUGCCACGGAUUACACUUCACACUUCACCAGCAGUGAUGCUAAAACCAGGCUCGAAUGGACACUGUUAACAAGGGCUCUUGGAAGUGACCUCUGCACACUCUCACGACUGCUGACCUCUCCAGAUCUGCGACCUUGCUUCGCUGCUGGUGUGGUGGAGGCUUAUGUAAAUCAACAUCAGCAAAUCAAUAAGUAUUUAUCGCUGAGGUUGCUCCAUAAAAUCUUAAUUAUGGGAAUACAAUGCAGCCCACAGAAAAAGGCACCUUGAGAUGGAGCAGACCUGUUUAAAUACCUACUGUGUUGUGAGUUGCAUCUGAGGCUUUCUUUAAUGGUGGGUAGAAGUUUUGUUAAUUUUGCUAAAUUGUAAAAAGUAAUUUACUCUGAAUUGCACAAAUUUCCUCAGCAAAUUUUUAGGUAAAAUUAUCUGAUUUCAUCAGAUUUUUUUUUCCUGGUUUAAUUCUCUGACUCAACAACUUUUAUUGAAGUGGCACAAAAGUAGGUUUAGAUGGACAAGCGGACAGGUCUAGCAGUACAAGCAGUCCAUCUGCCCAUCUUCCCUCCAGUCUACAGCAAGCUAAACUAACACAGAGAGACAGAGAUGGGUAAGUGGAAUCUGGCUGACCUUAAGUUUGUGAAAUUAAUAGAGGACUGCUUCUGAAGCUCCAGGCUUGGUGGAUUAUAAGGAUUACAGGGUGCGAAACACUUCCUUGAAAAGCCAUGCUUGGGUUUGAUGGUCGACUUGGACUCCACCCAGAGUCUUCUGGGCCAACCACAGACGACGGAGACUGAGGAAAGACAGAGCUCUGGAGAGGGGAUAAUGCACAAGCCUAUUCCUUCGGCACAGGAGGAAGGCACCAUGAGCAACGUCACAGUCUUGGACAUCACCGAGUCUGCAAGCCCAGGCAUGGCGUCGGACGAGCCGCACCCGUAUCCCCUCAGCUUCCAGGUGUCGCUCACCGGCUUUCUCAUGCUGGAGAUUGUGCUGGGCCUGAGCAGCAACCUGACAGUGCUGGCCCUCUACUGCACCAAGUCUAACCUGGUCAGCUCAGUCAGCAACCUGGUCACCAUGAACCUGCACGUGCUUGACGUGCUGGUUUGCGUGUGCUGCAUCCCACUGACGAUCGUGGUGCUGCUGCUUUCGCUACAGGGUGACACCGUGCUCGUCUGCUGCUUCCACGAGGCCUGUGUGUCCUUCGCCAGUGUGGCCACAGCCGCCAACGUGCUGGCCAUCACGCUAGACCGCUAUGACAUCUCUGUCAAGCCAGCCAACCGCGUGCUGACCAUGGGCCGUGCCGCUGCAUUGCUGGGGGCUAUCUGGGUCCUCUCCUUUCUCAGCUUCCUGGUUCCAUUUGUGGAGGUGGGCUUCCUGGGACCAGAGCCCACCAUGGCCAACCAGACGGCCGUGGCACACGUCAAUGAGUACUACACUGAGCUGGGUCUCUAUUACCACCUAGUGGCCCAAAUACCUAUUUUCUGCUUCACGGUUGUGGUCAUGCUGGUCACCUAUUCCAAGAUUCUCCAGGCGCUCAAUAUCCGCAUUGGCACACGCUUCCACCAUGGCUCGCAGAAGAAGAAGAGGAAGAAAAAGAAGACGAAUGGAUCCACACGGUGGAAAAAGGACAUGUCGCUCAUGGCCGCUUCGCCUCAGCAGCAGCCUGAGGCAGCAGACGGCUCACAGAGCAGUGGCACAACCCGGGGCACAGCACCACUGGGCAUGCGCACUUCAGUGUCUGUAAUCAUCGCCCUGAGGCGUGCGGUCAAACGGCACCGGGAGCGGCGCGAGCGGCAGAAACGCGUCUUCCGCAUGUCCUUGCUCAUCAUCUCCACCUUCCUGCUGUGCUGGACACCUAUCACCGUGCUGAAUAGCAUUAUCCUUAGUGCAGGGCCCAGCGACCUCACCGUCAAGCUGCGCCUGGGCCUCCUGGUCAUGGCCUACGGCACAACGGUAUUUCACCCGCUGCUCUACGCCUUCACGCGCCAAAAGUUCCAGAAGGUCCUCAAGAGCAAGAUGAAGAAGCGGGUGGUGUCCAUCAUUGAGGCAGAGCCACUACCCACCAAUUCAGUCAUAAAGAAUUCCUGGAUUGACCCCAAGAGGAAUAAAAAAGUGACAUUCGAGGAUCAGGAAGCCAGGCAGAAGUGUCUGUCCUCAGAAGAUGUUGACUAGGAACUUAUAACUUGUAGACAUUGAAAUAUACAGUCUUAUGCAAAUGUUCAGGCACCGUUGGCCACAUUUUGUUGUUGAGAAGUAGAAAACACAUCUGCACUGUUAGAAAUAGGGACUGUGAAGGAACAUUUUGCUCACCAAAGUACAAACAGUGCAAAUAUAUCCUCCUCACUAGAACAGCGUGAUCCUUCAGGUACAGCAGUGUCCCUUAAAUACAGGGGAAGAUUACUGCCAAGGAAGUACAAAUAAAGGUACCUUUAAUAAAAGUAUCGUUCAUGGUAACACCCUACCGGACAGUUUUGUACAAUUCCUGUGUACAAAUCAAACAUACAUAGAUGAACACAAUAUUUUUAGCAAUUCCUAAUGCAUAGUUACAUCAUUUUCAUGUCAUUGAAAAAGAAUAAAUAAUAAUGAUAAAAGUGUGGACACCUUACAGUGUCAGUAUUUAACAGUAUCACCCCCUUUAGCAGAAAUUAAAGCUUGUAAAUGCUUAUUGUACCCAGUUUAUAGUUAGGUCAGUUCUUCUAGUUGGAAUUAAUUCCCACUUUUCUCUACAGAAGGACUAAGAUUUUGUGGCUUACUUGUGUUGUUUUGCUUGCACGGCUUGUUAAAGCUCAAUCAACAAAUAUGCUAUGGUUAUGAGGUCAGGAGACUGUGAGUUACAUUCCAAAAGCUUCCGCUUGUGUCUCUUCAGGCAGUCCACGAUGGAUUUUGAGGUAUAUUUUGAUUCAUUGUCCUGUUACAGAAGUCUUUUUCUAGCUUUAGUGUUUUAACAGAUGGUUUGAUGUUUUUAUGCAGGACUUGCUGCUAUUUUGUUGACUUCAGUUUUCUCUACACCUGUAUAAUAUUGCCAGUGCCACUGGUUGCAAAACAACCGCAAAUCAUGGUAGAUACAUCCCCCUGCUUCACAGUUGGCAAGGUGUUCUUUUUAAGAAAUGCAGUUUCUUUUUUCUCCAAAUAUAUAUAAUUUUGUUUACUGUGCAGAACCUUCUCGAUUCAACUUGGCUACACUUUUCUGCAGGCUCUUGUGUGUUUUGAUUUAUCUGUAUUACCAGCCUGAGACCUUUUUUUGAAAUCUUUAGACAGUGGUUAGAAGAGCAUGUGUUUGAUGCCUGUUACUACAAGGGUAAGACUGUAUUGGAAAUUGAAUUUAGCUGACAGUUUCUAAUUAUCAUUGGUGAUAUGCCUCAGGCCUGAUUUGCUAAUCAAGGUCAAAAACCUUGUAAUGUGUAGUGUCAAAACAUUUUCACACACCACACUGACAAUGUGCAUUUUACUGCUGUAAGACAACGUAUCAGUGCGUUAGGAUUUUUCCCACAAACUAAAGGCUGUGCUUAUUAUUUCUCAACAAUAACAAAAAAUCCAAGGGUGCCCAAACAUUUGCAUGAGACUGUACUUGUUGCCUCAAAACGUUCAGAAGUCUUCAGUCUGUCAAAGUAGGAAGAGACUGAUACAAGGUCUUGAUGUAGACAGAAGUGUAUUAGAUGUGCAUAUAGAAUACAGUGUCAGUUUAUUACUAUUUAUAUGAACUUCAGAUUUAGUAUGACAGGAUGACAUUCACUGUGCUGAAAAAAAAGAAACACUGCAUGCUUUUGUAACACUGUAUAUAAGUCAAUAUUGGAGAUGUAUAGUAUACUCUAUAUGAAAUACUCUAUGUACCAUUAUUAGGAUUCAUAGGCAGAAUAUAUCUAUGUAUUUGUAAUAAAUUAGGCCAAAAGAGACGACUGGAGUUCAACACGGAUACAUUUGCUUCUCUGUCCACAAGGAAGCGGCCCACCUUUGACCCUAGCUGAUGUUUUAUUUCACAUUCUGGCUCUGCUCCUGUAGAGCUAUUAUACAGCAGCUCAAGCCAAGAGGUCAGCCUGAAAUGGGACUGCAAAAUUCAUAAGAGACCAGAGCUACAAGCAGUUACAAACUUACAACUCAGGCCACUUAAACAUAGACAUAGUUUCCACUGGGGGAGGGAAAGAAUAUCAACCCAUCCCCCAAAAUGUAGUAAGCUCUUUAGCCAACCAGCUAAAGCUCAAUUGUAAUCUGGAUGAAAUACAAUCGUAACAGGGGUUGACUGACAAAAAUCAGUCAGAAAAUAUUACCAUCACCCCAUCUGAAAAUAUGCACUUUGUUGUUUGAGGACAUGUAAAACAUAUUCAAAUUCCUUGAAUGUACACAAGGGAAAUAUCUGGCCCACUUCAACACUGUAGGACCUCAAGGCUACUCUUUGUGAGUGUUUUUACACCCAUAGUUUGUUCGCUUUCAUCCAUGAGUCUUUAAACAUGGAGCAUUCCCCUCUUGGUUUGGUUUAUUUUCACACAGGGAAAAACCAUGUGAGAAUGUUCUCUUUGCUUAUUGGUCAGACCUGUUUGGGGCGGAGCAAGAAAGUAAAUACAGGAAGAAGGCGCUGUGUUAUAGAUGAAUGCAUAUUUCUGUAACAUUUACCAUAGAGCAACAAAAGAGAUGGAAUUUGUUUAAAGCUGCAGCUGCAAGUUCACACCACAAAUGAAACACACCAAAAACUCCUCUAAUGGGUCUUGUUGUGGUUAUUUUGGUUCACAUCGGAGUGUAAAUACUGUUUUAACACCUGCCCAAAAAAAAAAAAAACAA